AUGAACAAGCUAGAAAUUCCUUCAAUAGAAAAAAUAAAUGCUGUUUUAAAGAAAGCUAAAAAUGACUCGUUACGUGAUAUAAGGGAUUUAGGAGUAAAUUUGGGCCAUGAAUGUGAAAAACUAGCAUUAUCCACUGUAUCUUUUCCACCUGUUACCAAGCCCGCUACACCAUCUUUCGAAGAACCAGAUACUGAAAGAAUAAUUGAAAACAACAUGGCAGUGGAACCAAAUGUUGAGGACAAUAUAGAUAUACAGACAGAUGCGGAAAUUUUUAACCUCGAUAUUGACAGCCUUAAUAUUCGUGACUUUGGGCAUCAGGGUAGACUCUCUAGUGACCGUUUAAUCAGAUCAAGCAAUGAAACAACGAGUGACGAAACUUCUGACGACCCUAACGACGAUAUUACCGCAAUUGAACUCUUAAAUGAAUUUGACUCGGAAUUUGAAAACGAAUCAUUUUCAGAUUAUGAGUUGGAUAGAGAAAUAGCAAAUCAAUAUCAGGAUGAAAACAACACUUCUUGUACAAAUAUAAAACUAGAAGAGUUCUAUGGGAUUUUUUACGACGACACAUGGUAUAUUGGUCGUAUUGUCGAAAUUUUACCAAACAACAAGUUUAAAAUUAAAUUUCUUAAGAAAGAACUUGAUGAGUUUCUAUGGCCAGUAAAGGAUGAUAUUCAGGUUGUCAAAAAUAAAUUUAUUUUUUAUGGACCAAUUAAUAUUGUAGGCAGCUAUCCGUUCAGACUGAAACGCCAUGAAAAGUUAGAAUUGGAAACCAAGUACAAGACUUUCAAGCAAAGUUCUUAA